UGGGCGACCCGUUUAACAUAUUAUGAUAUACUCGUACUCCUGACUUGUUCACAAUAACUCACAGUGCUACUCAACACAGAUCGGUCGUUCCUACCCUUUGGUCUUUUCUCAUUUUCCAGUGCCUUCAUCAGAAUACCCCUCGGCACCUUCUCCUCACUUCCCAACUCAUAGUCGCUCCUUCCUCGACCCUUGUUCCCCCAUCAUAUUUUCUCAACCACAACCAUGCCUCUUCCCAAGCAUGAAUAUGUCUCUGAGGUCUGGAAGGACAGCAUCUUCAAGGGCAAAGUCGUCUACUGUACCGGCGGUAACGGAUCCAUCUGCUCCGCCCAGGUGCGCGCUCUGGUCCACUUAGGUGCUGAUGCUUGUAUUGUUGGCCGCAACGUGGAAAAGACAGAACGAGUGGCCAAAGACAUUGCAACUGCGCGUCCUGGUAGCAAGGUCCUUGGAAUCGGUGGCAUCGAUGUUCGAGAUGUUGAGGCUCUCCGCAAGAGUGUCGACCGGACAGUCAAGGAACUUGGUGGUAUUGAUUUCUUGAUCGCCGGUGCCGCAGGCAACUUCCUUGUGCCCAUGUCCCAACUCUCGGAAAAUGCCUUCAAGACUGUCAUUGAUAUCGACAUCAUUGGCAGCUAUAACAUCACCAAACUCGUCCUUCCCCACCUGGUGGCCUCUGCGAAGAAAUACAAUUCCACAUCCACACUCCCACACACUCCCACCUCUGGGCCUGGCGGUCGCAUCAUCUACGUGUCAGCCACCAUCCACUACACAGGGCUACCGCUGCAAACCCAUGUCAGUGUUGCCAAAGCCGGCAUUGACGCCCUGUCCGCCAACGUCGCUAUUGAAUAUGGUCCCCUGGGCAUAACCUCCAAUAUCAUAGCCCCUGGACCCAUUGGAAACACCGAAGGAAUGGACCGACUGGCCAAAAAGGUUGCACCUGGCGAAACACCUGGACGGCAGAUCCCGGUGGGCAGAUGGGGAAAGGUCAAGGAAAUUGCCGAUGCUACCGUUUACCUAUUUAGUGAUGCUGCCAACUAUGUCUCAGCCGAUAAUCUGGUCGUAGACGGCGGUGCCUGGAGAAUCGGAGCCGUCAGCCCUGGAGGCGACUUCAAGUACCCCGAUUUCAUCCUGAGUGGUGCCGAGGUCACUGGAGUAGCCGGUGGCAAGAAGUCGAAGACUCCGGCCAAGCUAUAGGUGCCUUGUAAGAGAUCAUGGGCGGAGAAGGGCUUGCCACAUCGCGAUGGCACUUUUAGGAAAGUUAUCUGAGGCAUGAAUCUACAAUGCGAAUCUGCAGAUUUCCGGGUACAAGAUUUCCAUGUGGAUAAAACGAUGAGAAAAAGGGUUUAUAGGUCGAAAGCUGAAUCGGUCUUCGUUAUGGCUACCUAGCUAGGUAUGCAAGGCGUAUCAUGGUCCCAACGAAGACUUUAUGUCUAGCUUGCCACCAGGCAGAUAUUAUUUUCAUGUAGUGCUUUUAGAGGCGUCUUAU